AAAUCACAUCUAUGAUCUAUCAAAUAAAACAGUGAUUUGAACCUUUCAAACUAGUAAUCGCAGUCACAACCAACCCUUUUUGAUUGCUCAGUGGCAUCGUCCUCGUCACGCCUAACAUUUUUAUUAGUAUUUUUUUAUUUAUUUAUUAACAAAUAUAUUAUGAUAACCAUUCCUCGUCGUCCUUUCCGGCUUUCUCCGAGUGUUCUUAUUUCUCUUCUGUAUCUCUCCCGUCAAAAGUAAAAAUCACUCUUUCUCUUUUGUUUUCACAAUUCUCCCGGACAUGCCUUUGCUUUCAAACUAGUAAUCGCAGUCACAGCCAAUGGGGAUUCUCUUGGAUUCGAUUCUCUUGUUACUAGUGGCGGCGUUUGCUCUGUUCUUGGUUAGGGUCGUGUUAUUCAAAACAGGAUUGAUAUACAUGGUGAAGUUAUGGAGGAGGAAGAUGAUCGACACGUUUCAUGUUUACCAAUUCUACAAGGUACCUGAGUUCAACGACAACGUACAAGAGAAUCAGCUCUACCGCAAAGUCUACGCCUAUCUCAAUUCCUUAAGCUCUAUCGAAAACUCCGAUUUCACCAACCUUUUCACCGGUAAAAAGACUAACGAAAUCAUCCUCCGUUUAGAUCGGAAACAAGUCGUUGGCGACGAGUUCCUCGGCGCUAGAGUCUCUUGGAUCAACGGCCAAGACGAAGACGGAGUCAGAAACUUCGUUUUGAAGAUUCGUAAAGCUGAUAAAAGAAGGAUCCUAGGUUCUUAUCUCCACCAUAUACAUACUGUAUCUGACGAGCUUGAACAGAGGAACACAGAGCUCAAGCUAUUCAUGAACGUCGAUGAUGAUCAUCAGAACGGACGGUGGAGAUCGAUUCCGUUUGAUCAUCCUUGCACCUUCGAAAACAUCGCAAUGGAAACGGAUCUGAAGAACAAAGUCAAAUCCGAUCUCGAAUCAUUCCUCAAAGGUAAACAGUACUACAACCGUCUCGGCCGUGUUUGGAAACGGAGUUACCUUUUAUACGGACCUUCCGGCACCGGUAAAUCAAGCUUCGUCGCGGCGAUGGCUAAUUUCUUGGAUUACGAUGUUUACGAUAUAGAUCUCUCCAAAGUUGUGGAUGACUCCGAUCUCAAGAUGCUUCUAUUACAAACCAGAGGCAAAUCUGUGAUCGUCAUCGAGGAUCUCGAUCGGUACCUCUCCGCGACGAAAUCAACGGCUGUGAGUUUAUCUGGGAUUUUGAAUUUUACCGAUAGUAUUUUGAGUUCUUGCGCCGCCGAUGAACGGAUCAUGGUGUUUACCAUGACUGGGAAAGAGUUAAUUGACCCGGCUAUGCUUAGACCGGGUCGGGUUGACGUUCAUAUCCAUUUCCCGUUAUGUGAUUUCACGGCGUUUAAAACGCUGGCUAAUAACUACUUGGGUGUUAAAGACCAUAAGCUCUUCUCUCAAGUCGAAGGAAUAUUCCAAAACGGUGCGUCUUUGAGCCCCGCCGAGAUCGGUGAGUUGAUGAUCGCGAAUCGUAACUCGCCGACUCGUGCUUUGAAGUAUGUUAUUAACGCUUUGCAGACUGAUGGGGAUAGGAGAGGAACUGGACGGCGUUUGCUGUUAGAGAGCGGUUCGAGAAGAGCGACGACGGAGGAAGUCUCUGAAAAUAUGAGUGGUUUGCUUUGCGGCGGUGGAGGAGGAGGGAGUUCGCCGGCGGUGAAGGAGUUUAGGAAGCUGUAUGGGUUGUUGAGGAUUAAAAGUAGUAGGAAAUCUGGAUCGUUCGAUGUGGCUCGAGAGAUGAGGGACGGCUAGUGAUUAAAAAAAGAUUUUAACGAGUCAGCAGCCACGUGGGUUGAUUUAAUUGGUUGAAAGAGUCUGGACAAAAAGCGCAGACUAGAGAGGAAUGUUGUUUACUUUUGUUUUUUUUUUUGGUUGGGGGGGUUUCUUUAGUUUUAUUAUGUACAUAAAAUUUUAUAAGGUUAUGCUUUUUUUUUUUUUUUUGCUACCAUGGAAAAUGAAAAGCUAACAGAUUCUGGAUCUUGUGAAUGGACAUUUUUGGAUCGUUUUAAAAAAAAAAAUCACACAACGUGAUGCCGAUUGAUAAU